AUGUCAUCGUCUUCUUCUUCAUUUUCCCAGCUAUCGAUUUCUCCCGAUUCUAAUCCAGAAGAAGACGUCAUCUAUGAGUAUGAGAAGAAGAAGAAAAAACGAAAAGUUUCGAAAUUCGUAUUCGGUCACAAAACUCGCUUGUAUAUUAUGGUGUUACUGUUAUUAUGUCUAACUCUACCACAAAUGAACUCGAUCACAUUUAAUUUCACUGUGAUUUGUAUGGGCGACUUGGUGGAGAGACAUCAGGCGCUGAAUCGGAGUGACUCCCACUGGAUGUCAUCUCCCACUCACAAAUCCUUCAUCUUCUCCUCCACAGCCAUCGGCGCAGUCAUAGGCCUCAUCCCCUCGGUCCCCCUUAUCGAUGCCCUCGGUAUCCGCGUGGUUCUCACAGUCUCCGGUGUCAUUUCAGCCGUCGGCUCCAUAUUUUUCCCGCUAGCCGCCGAUUUCAACUACUACGCCGUAAUAUUGUGUCGGGUACUUCAAGGAUUAGGGAUCUCCAUCUUGUUCACCGUGGUCGGUGUGAUCCCAGGAGUCUGGGCGCCCCGCAACGAGACCGGCACAUUUCUAGCCAUCCUGUCGUGCGCCUUCCAGUUAAGCAUGAUAAUUUGUAUGCCCAUCUCUGGAAUUCUUUGUGAGACUCCAUAUCUCGGAUGGCGAUCCAUUUACUACAUAUUCGGCGCGGCCACUCUUUUGAUCUACACAAUUUUCUUCACUUUCUACACAGAUUCUCCUAGGAUUCAUCGAAAUGUGUCGGAGAAGGAAUUGAAACGAAUCGAAAGUGGCAAAUUGGAGACGCCCGUCCAAGAGGGUGUCCCCUAUUGGGCAAUAUGUAGUGACGUCACUGUUCUUGCCGCGUGGCUUUCGGUUUUCGGUGGCAAUUUUGGGUUUACUAUACUCACUUUGUAUGGACCCACUUAUUUGAAAGAUGUACUCCAUUUUGAUGUGAAGGAGACGGGCUUCGCGACAGCGUUGCCGUUUAUAUUGAGUGCUGUUGUGAAGUUUGCGGCGGGACGGAUUUCGGAUAAGAUGGAUCAUUUGUCGGAGAAGACGCGCUUCACUUUCUGCGCCGUGGUCUCCCAGGCUAGUGUCGUCCUCGGGCUAGUCCUCAUGGCAAUGACAUCAAAUCGACGAGUUGCUCAAUUUGCGUACACCUUUGCUAUCACCUCGUCCGGAUUGAAUAUCGUGGGAAAUGUCAAGUGUAUUCAGUUGCGUUGCCGUCAACACGUCCACUUCGCCAUCACCGUCAUCUCCUUCUGCGCCUACUUGAUCCAUUUCGGAGCACCGAUUGUAGUGGGGUGGCUGACAUCUAGUGAAGGGGAUACUGUUGGAUGGUCCCGGCUCUUUAUUAUCGUGAGCGUUAUCACAGUGCUCACAAAUCUGCCAUUCCCGUUUUUGACAUCGGAGGAGCCGGCGCCGUUUGUGAGGGUGGUGAAGGUGGAGGAGUAA